AUGGACAAUGGGGAACAAGGCUGGGGCACUUCGUCCAACGAGGCUGCACGUUUGCAACAAGAAUAUGAGUGCAUGGCUACCAAGUUCGUGAAGGAUGGCAUCAACAUGGAGCAUAUUGCAAGCACUGCAGAGUUCUAUGGGGCCAGCGACACAGAACAAGGCAAACUGCGUCCGCUGCCAUACAGCAGACUACCCAGACCUCUUCCCGAUGCAGCAGUUCGACUAUUGGUGAUUCCCCUCUUGGAUCAACAGCUUGUGGUCAAGGCAGAUCAGCUAUGCAAAGAUGUGGUUUCCAAACUGCCAGAAGACGUUCAGGUAUAUUUCAACAAGGGGGAGAAGCUGCAUAUUACACAGUUUCAUGCCUCUCGUCCGGAGGAUGUUCGCCCCAAUGCGUUUGACCCAAGUGGUGGCUGCGAUUUGGCUGUUGCGAACCAUGAGCGUCCGGGCCCCGCUCAGGCGUAUCUGCCCUUGGAGCUAGAGGCAAUGGAACAUAUUGUCAAUACAACGCCCAGGCCCACUCUUGUUCCUGAAAGGGUUCUAAUGUCCGACACAGGCACUUUGCUUCUUACCUGGGUGGAUCGCAGUGGCAACAUUGACAGGCUGAGGUCAGCAUUGCGUUCUUGCUUCCCUGGAUCGCCACCCAAACAAACGGGCAUAAUUCACACCACCCUGUGCAGAGUAGUGGCAGGUGGACCAUUCAAUGCUGCCACAAGGAAAGCUGUCGCGGAGGAGUGUGACAAAUGGACAGGCCUGUUGAAGGGGCAUGUGUUUCAGCCGUCAGUGGCGUGGUACGUUCUGGAAGAGCUAUACUCCAACUGUGUGGGACCAACAACACCUCUAGAAUUUAUGCAGUGA